GUGCAGCAAGACCAGCAGGUGCAACAAGACCAGCAGCCUGCAGCCACUUCUCAGGCGCUGGCGACUGGAGGGACAGGAAAUGUGGAGGUUGGCCAGGUUGUCUCCGGCCUUGACGUGGGGGCACUUCAGCCAGUGGGCAACAACCAAUACAUCGCCACUGUGGAGCAGAUACAGGCCAUCGUCAAUGAUAAGGUCCAGAAGUACACAGCAGUGAUCAAGAGCUUCGAGAGGUACGUAAACGAGCUCGAGGAGGAGCUUGAGAAAACUGAAGCGGAGCUGGAAAAGAAGGAUCAAACUCUGCAAGAAGAAGCAAGAUUAAGGAAGGAAGCGGAAGCAGAAGCCUUGAAGCUUGCUGAUGAGCGCGAGGAGCUUGAAGUUUCUCUCCUCAAAGCGCAGGAGGUACAUUCAAGGACUAUCAUGGCCAUGGGCGGUCUGGACGCUAAGGCAGAGAAUCUCGCCAGCAGUGGGGACCUCUCCGAGGAGGAAGCUUCGAAAUUGGAGCAGACUUUGAUGCUGGCACAGGCCAAAAACGCACAAACCUUGCGCACGGUGGAUGACACCUUUGAGGAACUGGAAGAGGUCCAGGAUGCAGCUGUCGAGGCAUCGCAGCGUGCGCGUGAGGCAGAGCUGCGCCAGAAGGCACUUACCGAGGAGCUGGAGAAGAUGAGGGAAGAGCUGAAAGAAGUUCAGGAACAGCGCGACAACGAGACCAAGAGGCGGGAGUAUGCAGACGCUCGGUUCAGCCAGCUGAUCUCAAGGCUGCAAGAGCGAGUCGGCAAUCGUGGCUAG